UGUAUUCAUUCAUAGUUAACUGCUAUAUACGUGUAUGACUGGGACAUGGCAGCGUGAGCGCCGCAGUCUAUGUCGCUCGUGCCGCCCUGGACAUUGUGCGCUUCGACGGCUGCGUCGUCAGCAUGGCUGACUACGUCGCGAGCGCCAACGUCUGCGUCGUGAGCAUCAGCGACCACGUUGUGCGAAUCGAUGUCUAUGCCGUACGCGCCAGACCCCUGGCCACGACGCGCAAGACCCUUGCCCUUCGUGGCAUCCCUCCCUUCCCCCUCGUUGCGUCCCUCCCACCUCAUAUCAUCUUCGCGAUAGCGCCCCUUCCCCCCUUCCAUCUCGACGCUGCCUCUCCUCCCCCUCAGUCGUACCUCCCCUCCCCCCAAUUGCGCGCUCCCCCCUCAAUUGCACCUCCCCCUCCCCCUCCACGCGCACCUGCCUUCUUCUUCGUUGGGCUUCGGAGGGAGUGGGGGUGGGAUAGGUAGGGGGGAGAAGGGGGAGAGGGCGAGAAGGAUUAAAUGUUGCGAGGGGUGCGAGGGUUGGUGGGAAGGAGAGGGAGGAGGUGAGAGCGCUGAGGGAGGGGUCAAUCGGAAUCAAGCACCACGUGGCGCGGCCGCUGAUCACGCACCAGUGCCAGCGGGCCACCCUGCGCUACGUCUUUUAUCAGACGGAACCCUCGAGCGGGACGCAUGGAGGGCGAAGGAGGGAGGAACAGAAUCGCGCCCUGAGCAAAUUUGUGAUCAGCACCGUUUUUAGCAUCAUGUUGUUCAAGCAAGAGGGGAGGUGGGUGAUAUGAGGGCAGCGCAGGGACCGGGUGUCGCAGCGGCGCGAAGGGCAGGAAGGAGCAGCAGCACGAGGGGCGGGAAGAAACGGCGGCACCGGCGCGAGGGGCGGGAGCAACGCAUCAAAUUUCCCAUCAAUCCCGCCCGCUCGCGCGGGACGGGGGCGGGGGCAGCGAGCAG